UGGUGGACGAAAGUGUUAAGAAGUUGGACCAACCGGACAUCAAAUUAAAGAAAGUUCGACCCAAACACCAAACAAGCCUCGCUCCCACUGUAUCAACCAGAUCCAACCCGCCGUUAAAUUAUCGCCCGGCGGUGAUCGUUCUAACGUCGGGAAAUGAAACGUGGCAGCAAAUUCUCCUUCCACGUCAUCGUCGUGAUAGCCGCCAUUGCAUUCAUCUACUUCUCAACGGUGUUCGUCUUCAUUGAUCAGUGGUUUGGGCUUUGGUCCUCCCCCGGUAUGCUUAACGCCGUCUUCUUCACCGUUGUAGCUGCUAUGUGCAUUUCCAAUUAUGCCCUUGCUAUUUACACGGAUCCGGGUCACGUUCCCAGCUCAUUUGUACCCGACAUUGAAGACCCUGAGCACAUCGUUCAUGAGAUCAAGCGCAAGGGUGGCGAUUUGAGAUACUGCCAAAAGUGUUCCCUUCAUAAGCCUCCACGUGCUCAUCAUUGUCGUAUAUGUAAUAGAUGUGUACUACGAAUGGAUCAUCACUGCGUGUGGAUGAAUAAUUGUGUGGGCCACGCGAACUACAAGAUCUUCUUCAUCUUUGUUAUGUAUGCUGCUGUUGCUUGCAUAUAUUCCCUGGUUUUGCUUGUUGGUAGCAUAACUUUAGAGUCUCCAAAGGAUGACGAGGAAAGUGAAGGCUCUUACAGAGUUGUAUAUAUCAUUUCGGGGCUUAUACUAGUCCCUCUAAGUUUGGCACUGAGCUUUUUUCUGGGUUGGCAUUUUUACCUGAUUUUGCAAAAUAAGACAACAAUUGAGUACCAAGAAGGCGUGAGAGCUAUGUGUGUUGCUGAAAAGGGAGGUUAUGUCUAUUCACAUCCGUAUGAUCUUGGUGCAUAUGAGAAUUUGAUAUCAGUUCUAGGUCCAAAUGUCCUUUGCUGGCCAUUCCCCUCCACAAGACAUAUUGGUUCUGGCCUUCGUUUCCGGACAGGAUUUGAUAACGUACCUGGGGCGGCAGCAUCAAAAUGAAUGUUUCUGAAACAUCCUGGGACAGUCGUUGAAGUGUUUAAUUGCCAGAGGAGCAUGGGGGAGCUGUGCAAGUCUAGCUUUACCUUGUAAAGUAGCUCUACUCUUCGUGUAAAGGAGCUAAGAAGAGCCAGGUUACGGAUUGCUGAAAGAUACAACACAGAAGCGGUUUUCAAGUUUUGUUUUCUGUUGAUUCUGAGAGAUCUUCGGUCCCCCAUUGGCAGUCAUACUGUAGUUGAAGGUAACGAGAGAACUGAAGCAAUUGCACAUAGGAUACUGACAUUUGUUCAUAGUAUGGGUUAUAGUGCUCACUUAGUCGUGUACAAGACGAAGCUCUUUCUAAGUUAACUUAGAGCAAUCUUAUGUAGCUCAAUUGUUGUAAUACAUGCAACUACGGCUAAGGUUAACAAUUUUUUGAGCAAUAUCGUAGGACGGAUUUUGUUUUCCUUUCCAGCAUAAUUAGGAAUGGCAUUGUGCCACUGAUGAAUAAAAUCAUAAUUUCAUCGGGAUA